AUGAAAACGGCCGGCGGAGCUGUAAAUUCCGAGGAAACUCUAAAGCUGCGUCGACAAAAGUCACGUCAAGUGAGCUCUCGAUUCCUUUCUCCGAGUUCGAAUCCUUCUAUAGAAAGCGGAAUUCCAUCUCCGAACCACACUGUAUCUCCACUUCGGCAUAAACCAAGAACAUCCACAGAUACCCGAAAGCACCGAAGCCUCGAAGAUGGCGGAUUCAUACGCGGACUUUGGCCUUCUUCAGCUGUAACUUCUUCAACAGUACCAUCACAAUCAUCAAACAAAAUUCCCGGCUCUCUCGCCGAUCACCUUGGAAAUGACAGACUCAAAGACCUCGUGGACCGUCAAACCCACCAAAACUCCGAUAAAUCGAUGCCCCUAAACCGGCAGAGAAGCUGUUCGGAGUACAGUAGGUUCGAAAAUGUGAGAGAAAUCUCGAAAGAAAAUCGAAAACCCCUCUUUGGGGGGUCGAUGAGGUACACCGGAAAACUCCGGUUUCCCGGACGAUCAUCUGCCUCCUCGUCGUCUCAGUCUUCGUCUUUCGUUAGUGAUAAAUUAAUCUCCGGAAGACUUUCUGUUGAUGAUAAUGCGCUGAGAAGAAAGGGAUCGGAUUCGUUAUCGGAUACUCAAGACUCCGAAUCUGAGUGCAGUGACAUGUAUUCCGGGACGAGUUUUGAUUCUCCGGUAAUCGGAAAGAGCUCAUCGGCAUUGUAUAUGGCAUCCACCGCAAGUUCGAGAAAAUCAGGUAGAGAGGUUCCCUCGAAGUACAUGCACGACUUGUCUUCAAAGUCUCAACGAGUGAUUUCGAAUUCAAAGUUGCCAUCGGAGAAUUCAAUGAAGAAAUUUACCAUAAAGAAUGCGAUGAAAAGAGCGAGUUCGUUGACAGCGUACGGAAGUGCGACGUCGAAGUGGGCAUUGUCUCCGGGGAGGUCCGGUUCGCCACCUAUGACGGUGGAGAAUAAGGGGAUGCCAAUGUCAUUUUCAAGUUUGAAGCCUCCGAGUAGUCCGUCGAGGGCGAAAGGUGUGGGGAAUUUGCUGAGCAUAGGGCUAGAUUUGUUCAAGAGCAAGAAAUCUUCUUCAAGUUGUUCGUCGCCGUCCGGUCCGGUGACGACGGAGACAGUUCAUGAACUCCGGAUGCUACAUAAUAGAUUGAUGCAGUGGAGGUAUGCAAAUGCUAGAGUAAAUUCUGUGAAUGGAAAGAUAACAAACCAGACUGAGAGCAACUUGUUAAGUGCAUGGAAUAGUCUUGCAAAAUUGCAAUAUUCUGUGGUACAGAAGAAACUAAAGCUUGAGAAGGAGAAGCUUGAGAUGAAGCUGAAUUUUAUGGUCCAUUCUCAGAUUAAGCCAUUGGAAGCAUGGGGAGAAAUUGAAAGGCAACAUCUAUCAGCAGUUUCCAUGACCAAAGAUUGUUUGAACUCUGUUGUUUGUAAAGUACCUUUUAUUGAUGGAGCAAAGGUGGAACCACAAUCCACUUCCAUUGUUCUUCGUCGCGCAUCAGAUGUCACAGAUUCCAUCAAGCUCAUGCUAUCUACUUUUUCACCCUCGGCUGAGAAGACAGCUUUGAUGCUUUCGGAAUUAGCAGAGGUAGUUGCACAAGAGAAGGCCCUCUUGGAAGAGUGCUCGGAGCUUUCCAGGAUUGUUUCGACAUUAGAGAUUCAAGAGAGGAGUUUAAAGUGUUAUAUACUUCAAUUGAAAUUAUGGGAACAACAAGAAGAACACCACCACCACCAACAAGAGUCUUUUCUGAUCACAGCCUAG